GUCGUCACACAAUUGAACUUGAUGUAAUUGUAUCAAAUCUACAUGUUCCACGCUCAUAUCAUUUUUUUGACGAGUGAUAAUCUUUAAUUGGUCCUCCCUCUUUGACUGUAUUGUACGUGACUGAGAAUGUUUUCUUCUAUUCAUGGGGGACCUCUAUAAAAGGGGGCUCGACCGCAAGAAGUAUCGUCAGUCAUUGAGAAGUGCCUUGCAAGGAGGUUGAUUUUUGGGAGAGCCUUUUUAUUUUUUCGGUUUGAUUAAUAAAAAAAAAUGUCUGGAGUUGAGAGGAAGCCUGUGAGGACACACUGGGGUAUUUGUCCUACAAAAUUCGCCAUGAAGACGUGCAAUCCUUUGAGGACAAUCACGGAAGCUAUGAACAUUGUGCCAAAUCCCAAGAAGAAGCUUAUCCCACUGUCGAUCGGUGAUCCUACAGUGUUUGGGAAUCUCCAGGCAUGCCCGGAAAUUCAGGACGCCAUCACAGAGGCAGCUGCUUCAGGUAUUCACAAUGGGUACAAACCCACAUUGGGAUGGAAUGAAGCACGUGAGGCUGUUGCAAAAUACUCAUCUCAUCAGGGCGACGUUAAACCCGAAGAUGUGAUCCUCUGCAAUGGAUGUUCAAGUGCAGUCGACAUGAUCAUCAGUGUUCUCGUACAUCCUGGCCAGAAUAUCCUCUGUGCUCGUCCAGGUUACUCCAUCUACGGCACUAUUUCGGCGGGCUUUGACAUUGAACUCCGCCACUACAAUCUUCUGGCCGAUAGGAAUUGGGAGAUUGAUCUGGAGCACCUGGAGUCGUUGAUUGAUGAGAAAACUGCCGCUCUUGUUAUCACAAACCCCAGCAAUCCCUGUGGCAGUGUCUUCAGCCGCAGUCACAUCGAGAAGAUCAUCGAAAUUGCUGAGAGGCACUUUCUGCCCAUCAUAGCCGAUGAGAUCUAUGAGAAUAUCGUGUUCCCAGGCGUGGAAUACACAUCCGUGGCUUCGCUGUCUAAAAAUGUGCCAAUCCUGUCAUGCGGUGGCUUAUCGAAGCGCUUCCUUGUUCCUGGAUGGCGAUUGGGAUGGAUCAUUGUGCACGAUCGUCAGGGACAAUUGAGCGAAAUUCGCAAAGGACUCACAAAUUUAACUGGGCGACUCUUGGGAUGCAAUUCACUCGUUCAAGCAGCUCUCCCAGCUAUCCUUAAUCAUACACCACAGUCCUUUUAUGAUAAUCUCAACAGGAGCCUGCAGAAAACUGCUUACACUGCAUACGAGCUUCUUCGUGAGAUUCGUGGAUUGAAUCCAGUAAUGCCACAGGGAUCAAUGUACAUGAUGGUUGGCAUUGAAAUGGAGCUCUUUCCCUCCUUUGACACAGAAAUGGAUUUUGUACGUGCCCUCGUGGAAGAGCAGAGUGUCUUCUGUCUGCCGGGGGAGUGCUUCAAGUUCCCCAACUACAUGAGAAUCGUCAUCACUGUGCCGGUGGAUAUUAUGCGCGAGGCAUGUCUCAGGAUUCGUGAAUUUUGCAAUAAUCACAGUCGCAUGGAUAAGAGGAUCAUCUCCAAUGGGAUCUGAAUAGCAUCCUUUUUUUGUAUUUUAGGAAGCAGAAUGUCAAGAAGAUUUGAUGAUCGUGAUCAUUAACUUAAAAUGGAUUUUUCGAAGAUCCUGUGAUGAUGAUCAAUAUUCUCCCAAGCACAAACUAAUUGAUCUGAUUUCCAUCUGAAAAUCUUUUUUGCGAUCUGGACAAAGAGACUGCAUUCCUUCUUAACCAAAUGCUUGGCAUAUUGAGAUCAUUCAUCAAUGAAAAAUCCUCUAAAAGAUCAAUCAUUGAAAUGAUCACGUGCGACCUUUCAGCUAAAAAUCUUUUUGACAUUCUGCUUCAAUUCUUUCUCCUUUUUUAGAUUAUCUGAUUUUUCUUUCUAAUAUAGGUACGAUUGUUUUUUAAUUACCCCCCCCAAACGCACUGAUAUGAACCUGCUUUGUAUUGUAAUCUGUAGAGAAUAAAACUGAAUAAAUACUGGCUAGCUAAAAUA